GCCACGGUUUCCAGUACGAUAAUAUUGGCAGGGUUGUUAUUUGUUACGCUACCCCAGCCCCUAAGCCAAUUGGAGUACGUAAAUGUGUCAUCAUAUUUGUCGACUCAAAUUUAUGUCAAAGUGUUCUUAAUUAUUCUGCAUUAAAAAGAUAAAUAACUUCGAAAUUCGGAAGAAGCAUCAGAUCAGAGAUGGUGGGAAGUGAAAUAGUGGAGGUGAUUCACUCAUGGUCUGCACCAAGAUCCUUAAGUACUAGUACCAUGUAUUCUUUUGCUCAGAGGGAUGACAUAGAAGUUCUUGAUGAGCCUCUCUAUGCAAAUUUCCUUCGAGUUACUGGUCUUGAUAGACCUUACAGGAAAGAACUACUCUCCAAAAUGGAAUCUGAUGGAAAUAAGGUGGUGAAUGAUAUAAUUUUUGGUCCAGGAAGGAUGAAGUAUAGAUAUUGUAAGCACAUAGCAAAGCAAAGGGUACCAGGUUUGACAAAUGAUCUAAUGAAGAAAGGGAAACACUUCAUUCUGAUCAGAAAUCCUCUUGACAUUUUGCCAUCAUUUGACAAGGUUGUGGCUCCAUCUUUCUUUGAGUUGGGAUUGGCAGAGCUUGUCUGUAUAUACAACGAGCUUCGCGAGCUAGGCAAGUCGCCGCCUGUUAUUGAUGCUGCAGACCUUCAACAACAUCCUGAGGCUACUCUGCGAGGUCUUUGUGAUGAUUUGGAGAUCCCUUUUCAACCUACCAUGCUCAGUUGGGAAGAAGGUCCAAAAUCAAUAGAUGGCUUAUGGGCACCUUGGUGGUAUGAAUCUAUUCAUAAAUCUACUUGUUUUAACCAAGCGAAAAGGUAUCCUCAGACAUUUCCAUUUUCUCUGUAUGAUCUGUUGGAGCAAAGUCUACCGUUGUACAAUAUGCUUCGACGCCAUGUGAAGAAGAAGCAAUCAUCACUUCUAAGCCCUCCUUUACCACUUCCUGACCUUCCUGUUCCUACAAAUGAGAAAAUUCUUGUUUGGGUUGGUGAUGAGAUUGUGCCGCGUGAUAGCGCAAAGGUAUCUGUGUUUGAUUCGGUUGUCCAAGGGGGCGACUCGGUUUGGGAGGGUCUUAGAGUGUAUAAUGGCAAGAUAUUCAAGCUUGAAGAACAUCUAGACAGGAUGUUUGAUUCAGCAAAAGCUUUGGCUUUUGAAAAUGUUCCAACUAGAGAUGAGAUUAAGGAUGCAAUUUUCAGAACCUUGAUUAGGAAUGGCAUGUUUGACAAUUCACACAUCAGACUAUCUCUAACAAGAGGGAAGAAGGUCACUUCUGGGAUGAGUCCAGCAUUCAAUCUAUAUGGAUGCACAUUAAUUGUGCUCGCUGAAUGGAAGCCCCCAGUAUAUGAUAAUACACGUGGUAUCGUUCUUGUAACUGCUUCAACUCGCCGUAAUUCACCUAAUAGUUUGGAUUCAAAGAUUCAUCACAAUAACCUCCUCAAUAAUAUACUUGCAAAGAUUGAAGGCAAUAACGCAAAAGUAGAUGAUGCAAUUAUGCUAGACAAAGAUGGUUAUGUAUCUGAAACCAAUGCAACUAACAUUUUCAUAGUAAAGAAGGGACGCGUUAGCACUCCUCAUGCCGAUUAUUGUCUUCCUGGGAUUACCCGCGCUACGAUAAUGGAUCUAGUGGUGAAGGAGGACUUAAUCUUAGAGGAGCGAAGAAUUAGCUUAUCAGAAGUGCACACCGCAGACGAGAUGUGGACAUCAGGAACCAUGGGAGAACUAAGCCCAGUGGUGAAAGUUGAUGGACGCAGAAUUGGUGAUGGAGAAAUAGGGCCUGUCACUAAAAGAUUGCAAGAUGCUUAUAAAAAUUUGACACAACAAUCUGGUGUUCCUAUACCAACUUACCUUGCAAAUUGAACCAAGCUGCAACAAAUUGGUGGGAAUUCAAACUUCUAAAUAAGAUACUACUUAGGUUCGGUUUUUCUGUUAGUUUCAUUUGAAGGCUCUUUU